UGCAACACAAACCAUCGAUAUAAAGCCAUUCAAAGGGAAGAUUCGGAGAGAGGAGGUCAUCAUAUCACGACUAAGACUUGGACACACGGGGCUGAACGACACCCUAUUUGUAAUGACAGAGGCGGGAGCGGGGUGGACAUGAGUGCUUUACGGCACUGCUACAAUACAUACACAAUACACUCCGGUACAGUAGGUGGCGGUAUGCACCUAGUCCCGUUGGUGCGACCAGCCAGUACAAACCUAAAGAAGAAGAACGAAGACCGCGAAGAAGAAGGGAAAUAAAAUAGAGUCAAAACACCGCCAAAUUCUGUCAGCAAAGAGAAGCAGAUAAAAGGUGACAUGGCAGAGAAGGUGCUGGUGGUCGGCGGCGGCGGACGGGAGCACGCGCUGGCCUGGAAGCUGGCCCAAUCGCCGCAGGUCCAGCAAGUCCUGGUUGCCCCGGGUAACGCAGGCACGGCCAACUGUGGGAAGAUCUGCAACUCUGAGGUGUCAGUGAGUAACCACGCCAUUCUGGCUCAGUUCUGUAAGGAUCACCACGUGGGGCUGGUCGUGGUCGGGCCGGAGGUGCCUCUGGCGGCAGGUAUGGUAGAUGACCUGACGGCAGCGGGAGUGCCCUGUUUCGGCCCGUCCGCCAAAGCCGCUCAGCUGGAGGCCAGCAAAAGCUUUUCCAAGGCCUUUAUGGAGCGCCACGGCAUCCCCACGGCCCGCUACGGCUCAUUCACCGCCGCCGAGGAGGCCUGCAGCUACAUCCGCACGGCCGACUUCCCGGCGCUGGUGGUGAAGGCCAGCGGGCUGGCAGCAGGGAAGGGAGUCAUCGUGGCAGGAGACCGGGAGGAGGCCUGUCGGGCCGUGAUGGACAUCAUGAAGGACCGAGCCUUCGGCUCUGCAGGGGAGACCGUGGUGGUGGAGGAGCUGCUGGAGGGAGAGGAAGUGUCUUGCCUCUGCUUCUCCGACGGCUCCUGUGUGUCAGCGAUGCCUCCAGCUCAGGACCACAAGAGGCUGCAGGACGGCGACCUGGGGCCGAACACCGGCGGCAUGGGGGCCUACUGCCCCACCCCGCAGGUGAGCCCGGAGCUGCUGCAGGAGAUCAGAGACACGGUCCUGCAGAAGACUGUGGACGGGAUGAGGAAGGAGGGAACUCCUUAUGUGGGUGUUCUGUACGCAGGGCUGAUGUUGACCAAGCAGGGGCUGAAGGUCCUGGAGUUCAACUGUCGCUUUGGAGACCCCGAGUGUCAGGUGCUGCUGCCCCUCCUGAAGAGCGACCUGUACGAAGUGAUCUUGAACACCAUGAGUGGCAAACUGCUGUCCAGCGUCCCCGCGUGGCACCGGGACAGCUCUGCGGUCACCGUGGUGAUGGCCAGCGCCGGCUACCCCGGCUCCUACAAGAAAGGAGUGGAGAUCACGGGCUUGUCCCAGGUCGAGGACUCGGGGGUGCAGGUGUUCCACGCCGGCACGGCUCUAAAGGAGGGGGGCGUGGUCUCCAGCGGGGGGCGUGUCCUCACCGUCACCGCGGUCAAGCCGUCGUUGGAGUCGGCCCUGCAGGCGGCCAAUCAGGGCGUGGCGGCCGUGGGCUUCCCGGGUGCCGUGUACCGCCGCGACAUCGGCCACCGGGCCAUCGCCCACCUGAAGCGUGACCGCAGAGGUCUGACCUAUAAAGACUGCGGAGUGGACAUCGACGCUGGAAACAAGUUGGUGGAGAUGAUCAAGCCUCUUGCCAAGAAGACGUCCCGCCCCGGGUGUAAUGCAGAACUGGGGGGCUUCGCUGGGCUGUUUGACCUGAAGCAAGCCGGCUUUGCCGACCCGAUCCUGGUUUCUGGGACAGACGGCGUGGGGACCAAACUCAGGAUUGCACAGGCGUGCGGUCGGCACGGCGGCCUGGGGCAGGACCUGGUGGCCAUGUGUGUGAACGACGUGCUGGCUCAAGGCGCCGAGCCGCUCUUCUUCCUCGACUACUUCUCCUGCGGCCGGCUGGACGUGGACGUCGCGGCGGCGGUGGUCGGCGGCGUCGCCGCGGCCUGCAAGCUGGCCGGCUGCGCUCUGCUGGGUGGUGAGACGGCAGAGAUGCCCGGCGUCUACGCGGAGGGCGAGUACGACCUGGCCGGGUUCUGUGUUGGAGCGGUGGAGCGCGGGGCUCUGCUGCCCCGGCUGGAGGACAUCAGGGAGGGGGACCUGCUGGUCGGAGUGGCCUCCUCCGGGGUCCACAGCAACGGCUUCAGCCUGGUCAGCAAAGUGCUGCAGAGGGCCAACCUGGAAUACAGCUCCCCGGCUCUUUUUGCCGAUUCGGGACAGACCGUCGGCGACGUUUUGCUGACUCCGACGAAGAUCUACAGCCACCUGCUGCAGCCGAUCCUUCGCAGCGGCGCCGUCAAAGCGUUCGCCCACAUCACAGGGGGCGGCCUUCUGGAGAACAUCCCCCGGGUGCUGCCCCAGGAGCUGGCAGUCGAUUUAGAUGCGUCUCGAUGGAGCAUCCCGCCAGUGUUCUCCUGGCUCCACGAGGAGGGGGGUCUCAGCGAGGAGGAGAUGGCCCGCACCUUCAACUGCGGCCUGGGGGCCGUGCUGGUGGUUGCCCCCGUGGAUGCUCAGAGGGUGCUAUGCGAGCUUCAAGCUCAUGAAGAGGCGUGGAUUGUGGGUUCGCUGGCCCACAAGCGGCAGGGGGCCAAACAGGUGGUGGUCCACAACCUGAAACGCAGUCUGCAGGCUGCAGGCGCCGCUCUCAAUAAAGAGCCGGCCGUCGACCAAAAGAUGCCAUGCAAGAGGAUCAGGAUUGCCGACUGCGUCGAUGGCUCAGUCUUGUCCCAGGUCCAGGACUCGGGGCUCCAGGUGGUCGACGCCAAGCUGAACUGUGACCGCAGAGGUCUGACCUAUAAAGACUGCGGAGUGGACAUCGACGCUGGAAACAAGUUGGUGGAGAUGAUCAAGCCUCUUGCCAAGAAGACGUCCCGCCCCGGGUGUAAUGCAGAACUGGGGGGCUUCGCUGGGCUGUUUGACCUGAAGCAAGCCGGCUUUGCCGACCCGAUCCUGGUUUCUGGGACAGACGGCGUGGGGACCAAACUCAGGAUUGCACAGGCGUGCGGUCGGCACGGCGGCCUGGGGCAGGACCUGGUGGCCAUGUGUGUGAACGACGUGCUGGCUCAAGGCGCCGAGCCGCUCUUCUUCCUCGACUACUUCUCCUGCGGCCGGCUGGACGUGGACGUCGCGGCGGCGGUGGUCGGCGGCGUCGCCGCGGCCUGCAAGCUGGCCGGCUGCGCUCUGCUGGGUGGUGAGACGGCAGAGAUGCCCGGCGUCUACGCGGAGGGCGAGUACGACCUGGCCGGGUUCUGUGUUGGAGCGGUGGAGCGCGGGGCUCUGCUGCCCCGGCUGAAGGACAUCAGGGAGGGGGACCUGCUGGUCGGAGUGGCCUCCUCCGGGGUCCACAGCAACGGCUUCAGCCUGGUCAGCAAAGUGCUGCAGAGGGCCAACCUGGAAUACGGCUCCCCGGCUCUUUUUGCCGAUUCGGGACGGACCGUCGGCGACGUUUUGCUGACUCCGACGAAGAUCUACAGCCACCUGCUGCAGCCGAUCCUUCGCAGCGGCGCCGUCAAAGCGUUCGCCCACAUCACAGGGGGCGGCCUUCUGGAGAACAUCCCCCGGGUGCUGCCCCAGGAGCUGGCAGUCGAUUUAGAUGCGUCUCGAUGGAGCAUCCCGCCAGUGUUCUCCUGGCUCCACGAGGAGGGGGGUCUCAGCGAGGAGGAGAUGGCCCGCACCUUCAACUGCGGCCUGGGGGCCGUGCUGGUGGUUGCCCCCGUGGAUGCUCAGAGGGUGCUAUGCGAGCUUCAAGCUCAUGAAGAGGCGUGGAUCGUGGGUUCGCUGGCCCACAAGCGGCAGGGGGCCAAACAGGUGGUGGUCCACAACCUGAAACGCUGUCUCAAUAAAGAGCCGGCCGUCGAGCAGAACGUAGGUUUCCAUUCCAACGGCGAGAUGCCACGCAAGAGGACCAGGGUGGCCGUCCUCAUCUCCGGCACAGGCACUAACUUACAGGCGCUGAUAGAGCAGGCCAAGCGCCCCUCGAGCUCUGCGGAGAUCGUGGUGGUGAUCUCCAACAGGCCGCGGGUUCAGGGCCUGAUGAAGGCGUCGAAGGCUGGCAUCCAGACACGGGUGGUGGACCACAAACUGUUCGGGAGCCGGGCGGAAUUUGACGGCACAAUUGAUCGAGUGCUGGAGGAAUUUGGGGUGGAGCUGGUGUGUCUGGCUGGAUUCAUGAGGAUCCUCACGGGGACUUUUGUCAAGAAAUGGAACGGAAAGCUGCUGAACAUCCAUCCAUCCCUGCUUCCCUCAUUUAAGGGCGUGAAUGCCCAGAAGCAGGCGCUGCAGGCGGGGGUGCGAGUGACUGGCUGCACGGUCCACUUUGUAGCAGAGGAGGUGGACGCCGGCGCCAUCAUCGUGCAGGAGGCCGUGUCCGUGCGGGCCGGCGACACAGAGGAGAGUCUUUCGGACAGAAUCCGGGAGGCCGAGCACCGAGCCUUCCCCGCCGCUCUGGAGCUGGUGGCCAGCGGCGCUGUCCGGCUCCGAGAAGACGGACGCAUCGUGUGGGAGCCCAGUUCUUCGAGUUGAAAACCAAACGUCCAGUUCACUCUACGUUUACAGUCUCCUCCUGGAGCAUCCUCUUGCACGGAAUAGGUCAUAAAUUUUUGAAUGUGUGUAGCUAAAGUGUGAUACCUAAAAUUCAUAAAGGCCUUAAAAGCAUUGUGCAAAGGUAAGAUAAAGAAGAUAAUUUAUUUAGAUAAUCUUUUUUUAGUUUUGUGUCUGUUACUAACCAUCUUAUAAACAUGCUUAAGUACACAUCAAAAAUAAUUAAAUGAAUGAUUACUAUUCAAGUCACAGUAAAUUAUUCCCAUUAAAAUCGUAUCAUGUUGCAUGUCAUACUGUUUAAUGGAGGGUAGAAUACAUAUUUUGUCAAACUAUUGACCAAAUUGGAGUGCCCCUCGUAAUGACGUCACUAUUUACUUCAGGUUGACCAGCGUCACUGAUGACGUAUUCAAGAUGGCGCACAAGCAUGGACAGUUAUCGCCCGACUGUUGGUGCACCUGCUUCGUCAAGACGGAUAGAGGGUAGCGUUAGAUCAAACAAUCGUGAACUGCUGAGAUGUCGACUGGGGGCAACGACAACAAAACUACCACUGACAAAUCGAUAUGAACCCUUGUCGCGGCGUCCAUUGCUAAGUGGGCUAACGUUAGCUUACAGCUAACUUGUGCCUACCGCUGUUACCCUGUUCUUCCGCUGUUUAAAUACACCAACUUUCUAGUGGUGCCUCAUGAGAGCGGAACACAUAUUUGUAUGCGUUUUAGUUUAGUUUCUAUCCGUCCUUAGAAGUUAUGUGGCGGCGUAGAGACGUCCCUCCUCAUCACUCGUCUUGUAAGGGUUUUGUAAUACAUUCUCAUGUGGAUUUGCCAGGUCGUGACAAUGACAUCUUUACAACUUUGACAUUUGUUCACCUAAUAUUCCUUUACUUCCAAUGACAUUUUUCCACAUGACAUUUUGACUUUUGACUUCUAAAUAAUUUUUGAUCUAAUCUUUUUGAUAUUUUGUUUUUAAAUUAUUUUCUGUGACAUGUUUUGACUACAUACUUUUUUGGCAUUUUUAGAGAUGUAUUUUCAGUGUUGACCUGGAAUGAUCUUCUUAGAUGGAGCAACCUUGCUGCCCCUGUCACUAUGAAAAUGGAAUGUAUUCCCCAAAUUUCUCCACUCGUUUACAUUCUCACCAACAUUCUUGCCAAAGUCCUUUUUUCCAUUCUAUUGAUGCAGUUGCUUAAAACUUCAAGAUCUAGCAAGGUUUCACCCUUCAAGGGACAUGGUGGCCCGGCUCUAUUUUUUUCAUCUAAUCUUUUUUUCUCCAUGACAUAUUUUGAGU